AUGCGUGAGAUCGUCCACCUCCAAACCGGCCAAUGCGGCAACCAGAUAGGUGCCGCAUUCUGGCAAAACAUCUCCGGUGAACAUGGCCUCGACGGCGCCGGCGUGUACAAUGGCACGUCCGACCUUCAGCUCGAGCGCAUGAAUGUCUACUUCAACGAGGCAUCCGGCAACAAGUACGUCCCACGAGCUGUCCUCGUCGACUUGGAGCCAGGUACCAUGGACGCCGUCCGUGCUGGUCCAUUCGGUCAGCUCUUCCGCCCAGACAACUUCGUCUUUGGCCAGUCCGGUGCCGGCAACAACUGGGCCAAGGGUCACUACACUGAGGGUGCUGAGCUGGUUGACCAGGUCCUCGAUGUCGUUCGUCGUGAGGCCGAGGGCUGUGACUGCCUCCAGGGUUUCCAGAUCACCCACUCUCUCGGUGGUGGUACUGGUGCCGGUAUGGGUACGCUCCUCAUCAGCAAGAUCCGUGAGGAGUUCCCAGACCGCAUGAUGGCCACCUUCUCCGUCAUGCCAUCCCCCAAGGUGUCCGACACCGUUGUUGAGCCAUACAACGCCACCCUCUCUGUGCACCAGCUCGUGGAGAACUCUGACGAGACCUUCUGUAUCGACAACGAGGCCCUCUACGACAUCUGCAUGCGUACCCUCAAGCUCAACAACCCAUCCUACGGCGACCUGAACCAUCUCGUCUCCGCCGUCAUGUCUGGCAUCACCACUUGCCUGCGUUUCCCAGGUCAGCUCAACAGCGAUCUUCGCAAGCUUGCCGUCAACAUGGUGCCGUUCCCACGUCUGCACUUCUUCAUGGUCGGCUUUGCUCCUCUCACCAGCCGUGGCGCGCACUCUUUCCGCGCCGUCUCUGUUCCUGAGCUCACCCAGCAAAUCUUCGACCCCAAGAACAUGAUGGCCGCCAGCGACUUCCGCAACGGCCGUUACCUCACCUGCUCUGCCAUCUACCGCGGCAAGGUCUCCAUGAAGGAAGUCGAGGACCAGAUCCGCAACGUCCAGAACAAGAACACCGCCUACUUCGUUGAGUGGAUCCCCAACAACGUCCAGACCGCCCUCUGCUCCAUCCCACCACGCGGUCUCAAGAUGUCGUCUACCUUUGUCGGCAACAGCACCUCCAUCCAGGAGCUCUUCAAGCGUGUCGGUGACCAGUUCACUGCUAUGUUCCGUCGCAAGGCUUUCUUGCAUUGGUACACUGGCGAGGGUAUGGACGAGAUGGAGUUCACCGAGGCCGAGUCCAACAUGAACGAUCUCGUUUCCGAGUACCAGCAGUACCAGGAGGCCUCCGUCUCCGAGGGUGAGGAGGAGUACGACGAGGAGGCCCCGCUUGAGGGCGAGGAGUAG